AUGAAGCUUGCUGCGUAUUGUUGUUGGAUUGUCGUCCUUGGCGUUGCCUUGUUAUUGUCACACGUGCCAGUAGUUCAGGGUGGUAUAUUUGACGCGGAUUAUGAUACUCCCACCAGUGUAGAGCUGUUGGCCGCCUAUCCAGCGCUCAACACAACCGAACGAGAGGGCAAUCCAGCCAUUCUCUGUCCAUUCUUGCGAAUGCUAGAGCGAUCCGGAAGACUCGAUGAGUUCAAGGAUGACACGGGAGCACCCGUCAUUCCAACGGGGGACUUGAAACAAGCUGCCGAUGAUUUUGGAUGUGACACCACCACCGCCUGUGGACCCGUCAUUGAUGCCGUUAGUGCCGGCCAGUGGUUUACCGAAGCAUUCUCAUUUUCCAAACUCAAUCCAUUCCGACCCAGCACUGUCGACUUGGAACGACUGUGGGAUGCACCUCCUGUGUCGCACGAGUGUGGAUUCACCUUUGAGAAUGGUGAAAAUGGAGUUUCCACCGAUCGGUUAGAGAGUACUCUGGGCAACUUGUUAGCGCGGGCCGAUCUGAAUGAUGGCCAAUUGGUCUAUCAAGAUCUCCUGGACACCAAGAAUGAGAUUUGUGCAUCCGAAGGGGUGGAAAUAUCCAGUGCUGGGUUGAUUGAAACACAGCUCAUUUUUGCCUUUAUGGGAGGAGUGGAACGAGGCUAUGUGGAAUAUGAUGAUGUAGCCGGCUUUUUGGCCAUCAAUAACCAAGUGCCAGCGACCAAAGCGGGUCAGCAAAUAUCGGCUCUCUAUUUGUUGCAGGUGAGAGAGGAGACUAACUAA